GUGGCACAUCUGAAGAGGGUGAAGCAAUCGACAAGCAUCUAGUUUGACAGAAUGACUCAAAAAGUGAAAAAGGCACAUGGCAGUAGGUAAAAAAUUCUUAUGAAUUUGACCUCUUCCAUUCCCCCACCUGUCGAGUCUUGACUCUGUCAUCCCUCUUUCUUCUACUUCCAUUUUGUGUGAAUUCUCAAACCCUAAUCAAAUCCAGAUUCUUCAUGGAACUUGCUAUAUAAGACACUACCAGUUCUCUCCCUCUCCCAAACAUAAAAAUUAAGUUUACUAUUCAUCCUGUAAUUUUGCUAACAGACAAAAAUGGUGGACUAUUUCGUCUUUUACUUGCUUGUGCUUAGGCUUGCAAUGGCAAGCAUGUCAAACACCUUAAAUGAAACAUGCCUUGACGAUGUAGGUGUUGCAUUGGACGUCAAAUGGUACCAAAACAGCUGCCCAGAAGCAAAAUCUAUAGUGUUCUCAUGGGUCGAAAAUGCAAUCUAUCAGGACUCUAGAAUGGCGGCUUCACUACUUCGGCUUCAUUUUCAUGACUGCUUCGUCAAUGCAUGUUUACUCUUACUCGAAUCAAUCGCAUCUCUAUUUUUGCACUUUUAUCUGUUAUGAUUUGAGUUAAAAUUGCAGGGAUGUGAUGCUUCAGUGCUGUUGGAUGAUGCUGGCACUUUUAUUGGAGAAAAAAGUGCAGCGCCCAACCUGAAUUCUCUAAGAGGAUUUGAAGUGAUCAACGGGAUAAAAUCUGAACUGGAAUCUGUUUGCCCCGAAACUGUCUCCUGUGCUGAUAUUCUGGCAAUGGCGGCUAGAGACUCCGUUGUUCUAUCAGGAGGACCAAGCUGGGAGGUGCUAAUGGGGAGGAGAGACAGCUUAAGUGCGAGCAAAGCAGCAGCAAACAACAACAUACCGGCCCCUAAUUCUACAGUCCCAACCCUUGUUACCAUGUUUAAGAACGUUGGCCUUGACAUCAAGGACCUGGUUGUGCUCUCGGGUGGGCAUACACUGGGAAAGGCUCGAUGCUCGACAUUUAGCUCCCGUUUCCAGGGAACAGCCACUAGCCCAGAUGUUAACUUGGAGUUCCUUCAAGCAUUGCAGCAGAUAUGUUCAGUACCCAAUGCUGGCAACACUGCGUUGGCACAACUUGACCUGGUUACCCCAGCAACAUUCGACAACCAGUACUACAUUAACCUCAUAUCUGGCGAGGGAUUGCUGCCAUCAGAUCAAGCUCUUCUUACUGAAGAUGAUGAAACACGUGAGCUUGUAGAGUUGUAUGCUGACGACCCAAUUUCCUUCUUCGAAGACUUCACCAAAUCCAUGCUCAAAAUGGGAAACUUGGGGCCACUAACAGGGUCCAGUGGAGAGAUAAGGAGAAAUUGCAGAACCGUUAAUCUCUAAAACUCACCUUACGGUGACUGGCAUCUGGAGGGU